GAAAAGCACAAGAAAAGCAGUUAAAAGUGGACCACAGUUAAAAAGGGAACUGUCUUCUUUACACAGGUAUCGCGAUUUGCUCCCUCCUCCAGCGGACGCACGCGUACUUAUUGUUCCUUAUUGAAGGAGGAUUAAACAAAAACUUCCAACGAGGAAUUUCAGGAUGUUGGUCUGAGACAAAGGGGUCCGGGGCAUUGCAUUCGGAGUGGGUUGAUUUCAUAGCCUACUCUUGGUGCGUUCUGGAUGGGAAGAAAUGGAAACAGAGUCGCAAUGGUGGAAAGGACAGCUGGCUGCGGACAUCCAUCAAGCUCUCCGCAUAAAAGAACUGAAGUUGCCUGUCUACCAUGCCCACUCUCCCCAAAUUGGCAUGCGCCGCUACUUUGCCGACUUGCUGGCCAUCCUGAGUAACCGCUACCAGCUGUGUGCCACAGCUCGCCAUCUGGCUGUCUACCUCUUGGACCUCUUCAUGGACCAUUAUGAUGUGGCCAUCAAGCAGCUCUACGUCAUUGCACUCUCUUGCCUCCUCCUAGCCAGCAAGUUUGAGGAGAAGGAGGACCGCGUGCCCAAGCUGGAGCAGCUCAACUCGCUGGGCAUCAUGUGCAGCCUCAACCUGGUGCUCAACAAGCGCGACCUCAUCAAGAUGGAGCUGCUGCUGCUGGAGACCUUCAACUGGAACCUGUGCAUCCCCACGCCGGCCCACUUCAUCGACUACUACCUCCAGGCCUCCGUGCAGGAAGGCGACCUCUACAACAGCUGGCCGCUCGCCUCCAUCUCCAAGACCAAAGCGUUCAUGGACAAGUACACCCACUACUUCCUGGAAGUGUCUUUGCAAGAUCACGCCUUCCUGAGCUUCCGUCCGUCCCAGGUGGCGGCGGCCUGCGUGGCGUCCUCCAGGAUCUGUCUGCAGAUCAGCCCCAGCUGGACCACCGCCCUGCACCUGCUCACCGGCUACACCUGGGACCACCUCACCAAGUGCAUUGAGCUCAUGCUGCUUGCCCAUGACAACGAUGUGAAGGAAGCCAACAAGACCAAAUCUCCACAUCCCUCCAGUCAGGUGUCCCUGCAGUCGGUGGCCCAGCACAUGCACCUCUCGCCCGUCUCUGCCGUGCAGCGACCCGCCUUGACCUCCAGCGGCCUCUCUUCCUCCUCCUCCUCGUCCUCCUCGUCCUCCUCCGGCUCCCAGGCGCUGCUGUUCCAGGCGCGGGACUUCCCCCACCUGUCCCAGCACUCGCACUCGCACUCGCACGCCCACUCGCCCUCGCUGGCGCAGCUGCACGCGCUGGCCGUGUCCGAGCCGCAGGCGCUGGGCGGCCUGGUGCCACAGGACUUCCUGCACAGCCACCGGAUGGGCGUGCUGGCGGGCGCGGAGCUGGCGGGCGCGCUGCCCUCCUACCAGGGCCUGCCCGCGGGGCUGCAGACGGGGCCGCGCGCCCUCCAGCUCCAGGGGCCCAUCUCCAUGCAGGUGGCCAUCGCCGCCGAGCCCCGCCACUGCAUGAGCAUGGCGGCCUACGCCGGGGGCUACCUGGGCUCCCACCCCACCUUCAGCGCCGGCUGCUUCAACAGGUGACGCCAGGAGCGCGAGAGGAAAGGCAAGCGGGAGCGGCCGAGCAGCGCCGCCACCACCACCAGCACCAGCACCAGCACCAGCACCAGCGUGCCCCUCUCUCUCGCCCUCGCCCUCGCCACGCCGCCCCCGUCCGCCCCGCGCCCACCCCCGCCCACGCUGCGCGAGCGCCGGCACAAGCACAGACCCAAGCCAAACCCCAGCAGAGACCCCGUGGAGGUCAUCACUCUGACGUGACACUGAAGACUCGCAGACCUCGUUCUGUCUCUCUCUCUCUCUCUCUCUGGAGCUACUCUUUAAAACCAAGGGAAGUGCGCUUCCCGUCACUGUGAUCGUUUUGGAGGGAGCCAUGUAGCAUAUUCCCCAUAUGGCCUCUCCUGCCUGCCCUCCAUCCCUGUGGAGCAUGACUGAACACGAACAUACCAGGGACGCAUACUUGAGCUGCUUGACGUGCUUCACUUUGAAUUCAGACUAGUGUGGCCAGUUGUCUCCAGCUCACAACGCAAGAAGAACCACUGACUGAAACCCCACUAGAAGAGUGUUAUGUGCUGAGCAACUGAGGUGUUUCUGCAGGGUUGGGAAGAAUAAAAUGUGUCCAAACACUGUUUCUGUUCACUCUCCUCAUCUUCUGUUCCUCCAGCACUCUGGAUUCACACUGCUGGUUUGACGCCUUUUGAAGAAAAGCUUUUGAAAUCCCGUUUUAUCCUCAGAAAGGACACUUUUAUUGCCUAGGGAUUUUUUUUUUUAAUUUCUCUUUUUUUAUUAAUAUCCUUAUUAGUAUCCUUUUGGUAACCAAUGCUGCUGCCCUUUAUGAACUAAUGAACUGAACAAGUAUAGAGUGUAUAAGGAGUAUUUCCUCAGAUAUGUUUACACAGAUCUGUUUCAUCAACCAUGUGCUAUCAGGGAUCAGGGACUUGAUGGAUUACUUGAAUAUGAAACCAUUUACCUAAGGUUUAUUUAUACUUUUUAUAAGUUGUUUUAUUUGUACUCUUUAGUUUAGUUUUUUUUAUUUACAGUAUGAAAACACUGUUGAUAAAAUGUUUCCCCUCAAUAAAGCCGUAUCCCUUGAUAGAAUGUAUGGUUUGUUUGAGGAAGCGCACAGAAGGGUUCUACAAAACGUGCUCUUUCAGGGUCAACCUUUCCAAGUAGUCUUUAUGCAAAUGAGUGACCCUCUCAUGAAAUAAGGAGCAUCUAACUGCUGUUACCCUCACCAUCCAGUGUGGCGUGGUAAAGAGGGAAGGACACACAUCUUAUAAGGUUCUCGCAAGUUUUCUGAAGUAUUCACCAAAUAUUAAAACACAAAAUCUACAGUCUUUUUCUGUGAAAUGUUUUCCCUCAAAGUUUUCUUUUAAUAUGAGGAGGACGCGUGCUCAUUUGUCAGUGAAUUUUUACGUAACAAAAACAUUUCCACUGUCCACUGAAAAGAAAAUAUGAUUUUCACUGAUUGUUUCAUAUCCUGUUUCAGUUAAUCAUUUGGUUUGAAUUUGUCAGUUGCUUCAGGUUUUGUUUCACACUCACAAGGGUCUUUGUGUCUUCUGUGAAUUACAGAGCAUCACUGAUUUUCCAAAUGUUUUUAUGCCUUCCUUCUCAUUUGUUGAAUAAUACUGAUGAACAGAAUCUUCAAACCACACAGAAUGUCCACAGUUCAUCUGUCUGUUAGUAGACAGGCCAAUGCAAAAAUAGUAAUGCAAAAAGAUUGUACAAAACUGCUGUGACAAGCUUUUUUUCCUGACAAAACAUGUACCCUAAUACCAAUGAUUGAUUGACCAAACUGACCAUGAAAUAAAAUCCUACAUUUUGUUUUGGGGAAAUUAAAUUCUUGCUUUUGAAUAA